AUGGCUUCUACUACCGCACUCCUCGUUGCGACCUUCACGCUCUUUUCUUCAGCCGUUGCCUUCAGUCCUGACCAAUGCAACAUCACUUCCUACGGCGCUCCUACUAAAGCAGCGUGCAAUACCCUUCUCACAAACAUAGCAAAACUAGGGACUGAGAAUGGUUCUUAUCUGUUCAUUCCUUCGGAGUUUCCAACGCCGGCGGGACUGUCGAAUAGUACUAGGAAGAACUUUCCUCAGUCUUGGUCCACCACUGGCUGCAAGGCGGCUCUUGUCCCAAUCGAAGUCACGACUGCGUCCGUCACCUACGAUACUUCUUCGUACCAGGACCUCGCAUCUGCAGGUCAGAUUGUAGUUCAAGAAUGUAUCUCCAACUCCACGUCUUCUGGUGGUUGGGAGCUUGCAGGGGACAACCAAGACUUAGUCCUACAUGUCUAUGCCGCAGGGUCACAAAUAGACGCCACGAUAGCAAAGCAGACCGGCACCGACAUCGCAGCUACGUCAGAAGACCAGAUCGAAGAUGCGGAGUUGGACGACCCGGACUAUGAUGUCAGCGAAGAUGACAGUGAUGGCAGUGACGACAACGGUGAUGACGAUAGUGACGAUGAUAGCGGCGAUGAUACUGGCGACGACACUGGCAAUGACACAGAUGGCGACACAGGUGACGACACAAGUGACAACGGCGCCACUGCUCUAGGCGGUUCUGGGACUGGGACUGCAUCCGUGCCCAUGUCUACGGGCUUCUCCGCCAAGGCAUCCUCAGUUGCACCAGUAGCUUCUGCAAGGGCGGUCACGUCAUCCGGGACGUUCAAAUACAUUGGCUGCCAGCUCGAUUCGUCGACCUCGCGAACUCUGAGCUCUUUGAGCUGGGCGGGAACUGAGCUUACGGUUGAGAGAUGCGCGGCUUACUGCGCCGGCUAUCAGUAUAUGGGAGUUGAAUUUGGCUCUGAAUGUUACUGUGGCGGUGAUGUCGAUGGCAAAGGUGUCAAGUCCGCGACUGUUGUCAGAACUAGCCCCAAUAAUUGCACCGUGCCUUGUAAUGGGGAUGCGACGCAGCUCUGUGGGGGAUCCGGAUGGUUGAAUCUCUAUCAGAAUACUAACAGCGCGACUGCUGGGGCGACAAGUUGA